GCGGGGGUGGGACCCCUCGUCCGGCUCGGGGUCCCCGCAGGCACACCCAUGCCGCCCCGCUAGGGAGGUGUUGUGGGGAGCUCCCGGCCGUCCGGCUUCCCCCGGAGUCCCCCUCCCGGAGCAGCAGACAGUCUGGCCCGGGCCCCGGAGUUAGGAGAAGUGAGAAUCCCCAUCAUAAUCCCACUGCAGCUGGUGACUGAGAGCCCAGCCACCAUGGCGGAGCUGCAGGAAGUGCAGAUCACCGAGGAGAAGCCCCUGUUGCCAGGACAGGCAGCCCAGGCAGCCAAGGAGGCUGAGUUAGCUGCCCGCAUCCUCCUGGACCAGGGACAGACUCACUCAGUGGAGACACCUUACGGCUCUGUCACUUUUACUGUCUAUGGCACCCCCAAACCCAAACGCCCAGCGAUACUCACUUAUCACGAUGUGGGACUUAACUAUAAAUCUUGCUUCCAGCCACUGUUUCAGUUUGGGGACAUGCAGGAAAUCAUCCAGAACUUUGUGCGGGUUCAUGUGGAUGCUCCUGGAAUGGAAGAGGGGGCUCCCGUGUUCCCUUUGGGCUAUCAGUACCCAUCUCUGGACCAGCUUGCAGACAUGAUCCCUUGCAUCCUGCAGUACCUAAAUUUCUCUACAAUAAUUGGAGUUGGAGUUGGAGCUGGAGCCUACGUUCUAUCACGAUAUGCUCUCACCCACCCCGACACCGUUGAAGGACUUGUCCUCAUCAACAUUGAUCCCAAUGCCAAGGGCUGGAUGGAUUGGGCAGCCCACAAGUUAACAGGCCUUACCUCUUCCAUUCCGGAGAUGAUUCUUGGGCAUCUUUUCAGCCAGGAAGAGCUAUCUGGAAAUUCUGAGUUGAUACAAAAGUACAGAAAUAUCAUUACACAUGCACCCAAUCUGGACAACAUUGAACUAUAUUGGAACAGCUACAACAACCGUCGAGACCUGAACUUUGAGCGUGGUGGUGAUGUCACCCUCAAGUGCCCUGUGAUGCUGGUGGUAGGAGACCAAGCACCCCAUGAAGAUGCAGUGGUGGAAUGUAACUCAAAAUUGGACCCUACCCAGACCUCGUUCCUCAAGAUGGCUGACUCCGGAGGUCAGCCCCAGCUAACUCAGCCAGGCAAACUGACAGAGGCCUUCAAGUACUUUCUGCAAGGCAUGGGCUACAUGGCCUCAUCCUGUAUGACCCGCCUGUCUCGGUCUCGCACAGCCUCUCUGACCAGUGCCGCAUCCAUUGAUGGCAACCGGUCCCGCUCUCGCACCCUGUCCCAAAGCAGCGAGUCUGGGACUCUGCCUUCUGGGCCACCAGGGCACACUAUGGAGGUCUCCUGUUGAAUGACCCUUGUGGCCCUGGUGUGGGACCUAGCCCUCACUUCCCCCAGCACUAACUUGGGAGGUGUAUAAGGGCAUUGGGCCAGAGUAAGCAAGGGAAAAUGGGCAGAUCAUAAGGGGAGACAAUCUUGAUGUUUAAUUGCUACUCUAACCUUGACCUUUAACCUGUGAUUCUCCCCAGCUCCUGUGAGAGAUGGCCUAAUAUCUCUUAGGGACCCAGACCCCUGAUUUAUCCCCAUCUAUCAUUUUGGUGUUAUGAAGGAGAAGACAUGUGUCCUCUCUCUCUGGUCUAGAUGUCUGUAUGGGGAGGGAUAAGAGGUGACUGUGAUUGUCAUGGAGCUUCCAUCAAACUCUCCAUUCUUAAACCACAUUUACAAGGGCAAGGGGGCUUGGGGCUGGGACUCUGUUCACCAAAGCUGAUAUGGCUUCUUGAUGUUAACCCUUUAGCCCCCUCUAAGGUGUGAGUCUUGAAUGAAUGUGUGGCAGGGGAGGCUUGCCAGUGGGUUAGUGGCUCUCAGGAUGGGACAUAACCAUCAUAAGUAUAAGAAGAAAGUUGCAAUGGGCAGUGAUGGGCAGUGGACGAGGGUGGUGGAAGGAUUGGAGCAAGGGCAAUAGGAAGGGGCCUGGGGCCAUUUGGUUGCACUAACUUUGGUAGCUGUCAGUGUGCAUCUAGAGUGGGGUGUGGAAGGGAGCCAAGUUUGGGUUGGGCUGCUUGGGGCUUGGCAAAGAGAUGGGAAGGGCUACCCACAGCUCUGACCAUGCUGUGUUAUGUAUGGCGGGUGCCUUCCUGUCUCCCACAACUUCUGCUGUGACAAUAAACUGUAGAGGAAUCUCAGUGCCA